AUGGGCAAAGCUAAAAAGGAUGAAAAAAAGGAGCGUAGAGCUAGCGAGCCAUCAUCUAAACACAAACACAAGCACAAAAGUGAAAGAAGACAAGGCGAAAAAAAGGGUUCAAGCACAGGUGAUGCCGGUGUUCAUUCUGCUAACGCCUGGGAAGAUGUCAAAUUCGACUCUAAAGAUCGCAAAGAAAAGUUUUUGCGUUUGAUGGGCGCAAAAAAACACCAGAAACAAUCCAGCUGCACCAAAGCUGGAGAAGAAGUGGUUACACACACACGGGCUGGCGUUAAUGUCCAAAAAAUAGGCGAAAACCUUGAGCGACAGUUUGUUGAAGGUCUCGAGCACAAGUCCUCACGCAACCGCCACGCUGGCCUUGGAUGCUCGUCGGAGGGUUCUCUUAGUCCCUCUGGAAACCUUCCUAUACGUUUAGACAGAGAAGAAGAGCCCGAAAAGUCUGCUGCAAAAUCAGGUGGCAAAUAUUUGAUGAAUUUUGUAAAAAGUUGUAACGAAUAA